AUGAACUGCAUGAAAGGCCCGCUGCACUUGGAGCACCAAGUAGCGGGAACUAAGCUGUCGGCAGCCUCCUCGUCCUCCUCCUGUCACCAUUCCCAGUCGCUGGCUAUGGCUUCGGUCCUGGCCCCCGGUCAGCCCCGCUCCCUGGACUCCUCCAAGCACAGGCUAGAGGUGCACACCAUCUCCGACACCUCCAGCCCCGAGGCCGCAGAAAAAGAUAAGAGCCAGCAGGGGAAGAAUGAGGACGUGGGUGCCGAAGACCCAUCCAAGAAGAAACGACAACGGCGACAGCGGACUCACUUCACCAGCCAGCAGCUGCAAGAGUUGGAGGCCACUUUCCAGAGAAACCGCUAUCCCGACAUGUCCACGCGCGAAGAAAUUGCCGUGUGGACCAACCUCACGGAAGCCAGAGUUCGGGUUUGGUUCAAGAAUCGCCGGGCCAAGUGGAGAAAACGGGAGCGCAACCAGCAGGCAGAGCUGUGCAAGAAUGGUUUCGGGCCGCAGUUCAACGGGCUUAUGCAUUCCUACGACGACAUGUACCCUGGCUACUCGUAUAACAACUGGGCCGCCAAAGGCCUCACGUCGGCUUCCCUGUCCACUAAGAGUUUCCCCUUCUUCAACUCGAUGAACGUCAAUCCCUUGUCCUCGCAGAGCAUGUUCUCCCCGCCCAACUCCAUUUCUUCCAUGAGCAUGUCGUCCAGCAUGGUGCCCUCAGCGGUGACGGGCGUCCCAGGUUCCAGCCUCAACAGCUUGAAUAACUUGAACAACUUGAGCAGCCCGUCGCUGAAUUCCGCGGUACCGACGCCUGCCUGUCCUUACGCACCACCGACUCCGCCAUACGUUUACAGGGACACGUGUAAUUCGAGCCUGGCCAGCCUGAGACUGAAAGCAAAGCAGCACUCCAGCUUCGGCUACGCCAGUGUGCAGAACCCGGCGUCCAACCUGAGUGCUUGCCAGUACGCGGUGGACCGGCCGGUGUGAGCGGCUCCGGAAUACCGGGAUCCUAGGACCGUGCCGGA